CCCAGGGGGAGGGCGGCUGGCCGCUGGCCGCCUCCCCGGGCGUCCUCGAGGCCCUCCGGGCUCGGGCCGGCGGCGGCAGCGGCGAGGAGGACGCCGACUCGCGCCUCGUGGCUGCCGCGGUGCUCCGCCGCGCGGGCCUGGCGCAUGGGGCUGACGCGCAGGACAAGAGCCUUGUUCUCGCCGCGGUACGCGUCGCCGGGGAGGCUCUGCGCUACGCCGAGGGUGCGCUGUGCGGCGAUGUGGAGGUGGUCUCGGCCGCCGUCCGCCAGUGCGGUGUGGCGCUGCGGCACGCCGCGGCCGAGCUCCAGAAGGACGAGGGCAUAGUGGCUGCCGCGGUCGCCGCCCCGGGGGGCGGGCAGGCGGCCGUCCAGUUCGCGGCUCCCGGAGUCCGAGAACGAAUGUUUGUCUUGGAGGAGUUGGACGCGUACGUGCCAUGGGAGAAGCAUUGGAAGGGUGUGGAGGAUGCGACGUUCCGCAGGAGCCUCCUCGCGGAGGGUGCCUGCGCCGGCCGUUCCGGCAUCGCCGCCUCGGUGCGCAACCUCGCGGGCGACCUCGGCGCGCGUGGCUGCUGGGGCCGCGCCAUGGCCCUCCUGGACGCCUACUGCUGCACGCGGCCGUCGGUCGUGUACAGCAAGCUGCCGCCAGAGAUCCCGGUGGCGGCGCUGAUCCUGGCGAUGAAAGCUGCCAGGCGACGUUUCAAGUACAAGGACGUCGACCUCCUGUUGGCCGCGCACCUCGACCAGGUGCAGCUGACGCCCCACCUUCUGAGGCUCCUGACGGGCGCCGAGGUCCACAUCCUGAUGGUCCUGGGCGGGCGCGUUUGCGCGCUGUCCGUCGGGGACUGGUCGUACGUCUUCAUGCAGCGGCUGCUCGGCGCCGCCGCCGCCCCCGUCCACAGGGAGGCCGACGAGGAGAGCGAGAGCGCCGCAGCGCCUGCGGUGGACGCGAAGCUCAAGCUGAUGCCCAAGGAUACCUCGUCUGAGGACACCGAGUCGGUCGAGGAGUUCUCCCAGUUCUGGAGCGGAUCCACUGCGUUCUCAGGAGGGCUCCUGGACUGCGCGAGCCGCUCGAGCGGCUCCACAACGGACGAGUCGCCCGAUGAAGGAGAGGCCGCCCCCUGGGCGCCGAGCGGCUCCGCGUGGCGCUGGGAGGCGGCGCUCGGGUCCGGCCCCGACCAGGUGGCGCUCCGCGAGGCGGCGAUCAGGAAGACCUCCGCGCUGGUGGACCUGCUGACGGCGCAGGUGGCGGCGUCGCCGGCGGCUACGCCGAGCACGUUGGCCCUCGGCGCUUGCGUCCUGGGCCUGGUCGCUGCGGGGGGCCUGCGCCUGGAGGAGCUCUGGGCGGCAGCCCCCGCGUGUGGGGCCGAGCUCGAGGAGGUGGUCGACGGCGCGGCCUCUGCCGGUCUGCUGCCCAGCGAGGC